AUGGACAGCCCAAAGGGCCACACUCUCUUCAAGAAGAAAGAAGGCAUCUUAUCGUUCACCAGCGAUCUCAAAGCGAUAACAUGGACGCCAGCUUCGGGAGGCCCUGCGACUGUUUCGCUGCCGAUUACCAGCAUCACCAAUCUUCAGCAGACUCCCGACAGCUCUCCCAAGGUCAUGCUGAAAAUAUUCGAGAAGACCGAAAGCGCAGCCGACCCCGUCACAUACCUAUUCCAUUUCAAUACCCCAGACGCCAAGGCAGAAGCUCAAGCUGUCAAAGACCUACUCUCUCGUCUCCUGGCGGAUCUCCGAAAUGGCGAGGCAAACGUAUCGAAACUCGCAACUCCGACGGCAACACCAGCUGCAAAUGGAGAGGCAACAGGAGGCUCAGCUCUGCUGGCAUCGUCGAGCGGUGCAAACACGCAGCCCACACCUCCCACUUGGUUCGAUGAUAAUCAACUGAAGACGAAUAUCGAGCUACACCAGUCCCUCAUGAGAAAAGAUAGGAGCUUGCACCAGACUUACAUGAGCGCUAUGGAGACUAAACCAGAGUCAAUGACUGGAGCUGCCUUCAAUGCCCAGUUUUGGUCCACGAGGAUAAACCUCCUCAGAGCUCAUGCCAUCGAAAUAAAUCAAAAAAAGGGCGCAUACAAUGUCCUCUCGACCGUCAAACCUCGAACCGUUGACGGAGAGUUGAAACUGAACAUAAGCGUCGAGCAGGUGCAGAUGAUUUUUUCUCAGCACCCACUAAUCAAACGAAUCUAUAAUGAAAAUGUACCAAGACUGUCUGAGGCGGAAUUCUGGUCGCGAUUUUUUCUCAGCAAACUAGCGAAGAAGCUCAAAGGAGAGCGCGUCACUGAUAACGACCCCCCAGAUGCCAUCUUUGACAAAUACGACGUCGAUAGUAACAUGCAAGACGCUCAAUCCAAAAUGACGGCCCUGCCAGUCCCUCACAUCAUCGACAUAGAGGGCAAUGAGGAAAAUCAAGGAGGAUUCAAAGGC